GUGUCAGUUCCAUGGUUACGUUUUUGACGGUUUUUUGUUUGUUGUUUACAGUUUAUUUAAAAUAUCUUAAAAAUCAACACAACCAUAACAUUUUAUUUUAUUGAACUACGUGUACUGUAAAUAUUUAUUACCUUGGAUCGUACAUUCUUCUUGGCCUAUCGUACAUUCUACAAUUAUAAAUAUGGAUGGGUCUUACUGUGAUAAAUACUCGUUUAUUGGUGAAUGGUACGACAACCAGGCUAGUUUGACUCGCCGGUUCAACGUAUUUUACUUUCCCACUGAUAAUACUAUAGAAAUGUUUGACUUAAAAACUCGAAAGACAUUCGUAAAGCGAGUCAAAGUUAAUGGAGUGACCAUUGAUAAUUUUUACAUCGGGGGAACACUAUUUAUUCUAGGAAGAUUAAUUAAAAUAGUAGACUUUGCCUGUGAAGAUACCAAGAAAAGAUUACAGCAGGAUAUGCAACUGACAUUUGUUAUGAUAAAGCCAAUGCCAACGAAAACUAUGGGGAAAAUAUUAACCCAUCUUCAUGACCAUGGACUUAAGAUUACAAGGAUGAAGAAGACCCUCUUCACAGCUGAUGAUGUCAAUUUUAUUUAUCGAGCACAGCUGUCAAGCCCUGAAUAUCCUUUCUUGUUAGAGCAUUUGAGUGGCCAGCAUGUGUAUGGAGUGCAGCUGGUGGGCCAUGACGCAGUGAACCAGGCUGUGAAGGUGUUUGGCGACAGAGACCCGUCAAAGGCAGCACCAGGCACUAUCAGAGCACUGUAUGGGACAGACAAUGUCCGCAACUGUGCACACAUUUCAGCCACUCUAGACCUGGCAUGUCAGGAUCUGGAGUACUUCUUCCCACCGCCCCCCCUGCAGUCCAGCCGGCUGCGGCUCACGGCCACUCUCUCCAACUGCACGCUCUGCAUCGUGAAGCCACACGCGGUGAGGGAGGGCCUGCUUGGGCGCGCCCUGGAGAUGAUCGACGAUGGAGGCUUCGAUAUUACCGCACUUAAUAUGUUCAUAGUUGACAGUGUCAACGCUAAUGAGUUCUAUGAAGUCUAUAAGGGAAUUGUUCCGGAAUAUCAGGGUAUGGUUGAGGAGUUGGCAAGUGGCCCGUGCGUCGCCAUGGAAAUUGUGGCCAAAGACAAGUCUCUGAACACGGCUGUAGAAUUUAGGAAAAUGGUUGGACCUACAGAUCCUGAGAUCGCGCGGCUACUGCGGCCGCACACGCUGCGCGCUCGUCUCGGCGUCAACAAGGUGAAGAACGCGGUGCACUGCAGCGACCUGCCUGAAGAUGGACUGCUGGAGGUGGAGUACUUCUUCAAGAUACUGGAGCUGUGAACUGUACUUAAUUACUAGAGUAGAUAAUUUUAGGGUGGGUAUAGAUUACAACAUUUUGACGAGCAUUUCUGUGUAAUCUAACGUUCUUAAUACGAUACAAUACAGGCUAAAGCAUGAUAAAACAUUCGUAAAAGGAUGAAUGACUAGAACAUAUCAGAGAGCGGCUCAUUGUUUUCUCACUAGUAAGUGAUGCAGUUUCUCACCUUUAGAAUCACGCCAAAAUAUUUUUUGUCGUCGGCACCAAGGGUUGAUAUUGUAUGUUUUUGCACGAUUUGUUGUGAAUGAUAGAGGGGAAGUGUAACACGCAUUGAUAAAGAAAUAAUAUGAAAAUGGUGAGCGUUACAUGAGUGAGAGUAGGAGGAGUAUUGAAAGACCUACGAUUAGAGCAGGAUAAAGAAGAGGACAUGUUCGCCAUUUUCCCAUUGUUUUUGUGCGCCCGCGUGAUAAACGUUGAUUAAAUACGACAAUGAAAUAAAUAGUUAAACUAUCAUUGCAUUGUAUCUAGCUUGUAUCAUACCAUAUACCUAUCAGUAUCUGUACUGCAUGUAUCAUACAGUACAAAUAAAAUUGAAAUAAAUAUUUGGUUAUAAAUCUUA